AUUUGCUGUUAUGUUAGAUGAGACGAUAAAAAUAUGGAUUUAUUUCCAGUGAAUUUCUUUGUUUUUCGUUUCUGCGGUAUAUGGAAAGAAUAUAAGGAUAACAACUUGAUAAUAUGUUUUACCAACUUCUGCUACAGGUAUAUCAUGGCUAUUUUACUAUAUCACUUCACGAUAUUCGAGGUAAUCGAGCUCGUACGUAUGAAAAACAAUAUAGAAGCUUUAACGGAGGGUCUAUUUCUUGUUUUAACUUACGUGACAUUGUGUCUAAAAUAUCUAAAUUUUUUGGUGCGAGAGUAUGAAUUGCGUGCCUUGUUAGAUUGUUUUCGCAAUAAAAUUUGUCAGCCGAGAGAUUCUAUCGAGAAAUCGAUACUGAAGCAAUACGAUUCUAAAGCUAAGAGAACUGCCUGUUUCUAUAUGACCUUGUGUCUAUCGACGGGUGCAAUGUUUGUCGUGGGACCUUUAUUGACUCAGGACGAAAGAUCUUUACCGGUUCAGAUACAAUACAUACCGUACUCCAUCACACCAUUACUUCCUUACGUGUUGACUUAUAUUCAGCAAAGUGUAGCUUUAAUUUAUGGAGUAUUGCUGAAUGUCUCUUUCGACUCCCUCGUGUAUGGUUUCAUUAUUCAUACCUGCGGACAAAUUGAACUGCUGUGCCAUCGACUGACUGAAAUAUUUCGAUCUCUUCAAGAAAAUAAUGAAAAGAAUCCAAAUAAGGCAAUUGAAAAUUUCGCUAUCACAGAAUGCGUGAAACAUCAUAUUUUAGUUUAUGAUAUCAUACACAAGAUACAAUCGUUAUUUGUGUGGACUGUUGCUGCAUUAUUCUUCGUCAGUCUCAUUACUCUUUGUACCAGCAUCUAUCAAAUGUCAAGAACAGAGUUACUCAGUCCGGAGUUCUUUAUUUUUAGCAUGUAUUUAGGAUCAAUGAUGUUUCAAGUAUUCUCAUAUUGCUGGUAUGGCAAUGAACUUGAUUUGAAGAAUAAAAAUAUCGCAUACGCUCUUUAUGCAAGCAACUGGACGACAAUAUCAAUAGAGCAACGUAAAAAGUUGUUGUUCGUAAUGAUGAAGAGUCAGAAAGGAAUGAUACUAUCUUUUCAUGGAAUUUGCACAUUAAACCUUAAUACUUUUACAUGGAUUAUGAAAACGUCCUAUUCUGCUUUCAACUUGUUGCAGCAAGCUUCGAAUUAGUACUCUCUAUAUCUAGUCUUUCUAUCUAGCAUAUGUAAUAUUACUGCA